GACUUACCUGACGUCAGUGACUGAUCUGCCAUCAUGUUCAUGUUGACAAAUCUGAAAAGAAAACAAUGAAAUUCGGGGUGAACACGAACGUUUGAGAACCUAAGAAAGAGAAAAAGGCAGGGGGAGACAGGAAGAAGAAGAAGAAGAGAUGUCUCAGAAGUCCAAGUUACUUAAAGUUGUUCUUCUCGGGGAUGGAGGUGUUGGAAAAAGCUCUUUAAUGAACCGAUUUGUCAGUAACAAGUUUGAUGCCCAGUCAUUUCACACCAUUGGUGUGGAGUUCUUGAACAAAGAUGUCAGCUUUGAGGGAGAGAAUUACACCAUGCAGAUAUGGGACACUGCAGGCCAGGAACGCUUUAAGAGUUUACGGACACCGUUUUAUCGCGGAGCUGAUUGUUGUUUGUUGACUUUCGCUGUUGAUGAUAUUCAGAGUUUUAAAAAUCUGGCAAUGUGGAAAAAAGAAUUCUUGUACUAUGCUGACAUUCAAGACGGUAACAAUUUUCCUUUUGUGAUACUAGGAAACAAAAUAGAUGUGGAAAAUCGAAUGGUUUCCAAUGAAAUGGCUCAAGAGUGGUGUCAAGCCAAUGGACAAGCUCCCUAUUUUGAAACCAGCGCUAAAGAUUCCACGAAUGUUGACGAAGCAUUUAAAGCAGCGAUCAAACGCUUACGGGACCUAGAGGAUGUGAUAGAGAUCAAAACCCAGCAUGGAAACACGGUAGACCUGAAGAGAAAGGCCAAGUCACAGAGCUCAGGGUGCUGUGGCAACUAAUGAGAUUGUUUUAGCCUAUUACUUAGCAAAUUUUACUUUCAUUUCAAUAUUUUGGCAUUCAAUGCAUCUUUUCUGCUAAUAUUCUGUAUAUUUUGUAACUAGCAUUCAGACUCUUUGAAAGUGAAAUUAUCAUGUGACCAAGGUAAAAGUUUCUGUGACAGACAUACGGACGGACAGAGUUAUGAGAAUCAAUGUCCUCUCACAUUCGUGAAAGGGAGGAAAGUUUUAUCAUGUGAAUUAAAAUAAUAGAGGGAGGAAGCAUGUGCAAUAAAAGCCAAUACAUGGUGUUCAUGCUGAUUGGUAGGGAUGCUGUGUCUUAAUUAAAAAGAAAAACGUCAGGUGACAUUGUGUAUAUUGGUAGCAUAAAAAUGUAAACAGUAAUUUUUUUGUGUUUGGAGUAUAUAAUCAUGUUGAAAUCGAAAGAGUUGUGACUGAAAACAUUUGUUUAAAUUAUUGGUCAAAUCAUUCAAUUUUGAUGUGUUUUGAUACUUUAUGAAAACAAUAAAGGAUACAUAUGUUUUUAAA